GACACGUGAAUGUCUCGGCGGCGGGCCCAAUCAACCGUCUCUGCCUCUGCCACGAAUGGCAGGUCGACUGGCUGGUCGCGAUCGCGUCCCACUCCUCCAUCUAACUGCUUUUCACCCGACGAUAAUACUGUUGACGAAUCCCACCAACCACAACCUGUAGUGCUCGAACCCCCCCCCAAAAAGACAGCCAUCGAGCGACAUUCCACACCGGAACGCCCGCAACACCCGCUUCGCCUACAGGCCGAGUGCGCAUCAUUUAAUCUCGACUGCGAUCGACCUUGGCUGCUCCAGGACAGCCACCUUACGGCGACGCGCCGCCGGUUGGCUGCCUUUUGUCAGCGCUCAGUCUCUCGAAUCCACGGCCUCCCCUCCACUCGGUACCAUACAUUUCUCCACGGACCCCGAGCAUAGGUAGCUGCGCGCCCCGUCCCCACGCGAAAAAAGGGGAGGAGAUGAGCAUUCAAGAGAGCUGUCGAGCCGGCAUCUAUUGGAAUUUCUAGCUAGCCUUGCAUGAGCUACCCGACUGCGACCGCUUCGGACUGUACUCUUCGAAAAAGGCACCGAAAGCCUGCCGAGGCCUCAGACCUUCCAUAAACAUAGCCGUCGUCGCACAUCCGCAUACGCCUCUGCUGCGUGUCUCGCCUGUCGAAUGCAUCGACUCCCCCCUAGACUCGGUCAAUAGCUGUAGUGGAUAGGGAGGUACGGCCCUCAUCUAUCGACCAUGGCGGGAGGAAACAUCAAGGUGGUGGUGAGGGUUCGGCCCUUCAACGGGAGAGAAAUCGACCGUGGGUCAAAAUGUAUCGUAGAGAUGAAGGGCAACCAGACGAUCCUAACCCCACCUACCGACAGCGCUCACAAUGCUAAGGGUUCCAAGGACCUCUCCGUGAAGACGUUCGCCUUUGACAAGUCCUACUGGUCCUUCGACAAGAAUGACCCCAACUACGCGGGACAGGACAACCUCAAUGAUGACCUCGGAAAACCCCUCUUGGACAAUGCGUUCCAAGGCUACAACAACUGUAUUUUUGCCUACGGGCAGACCGGGUCCGGGAAGUCCUAUUCCAUGAUGGGUUACGGGAAGGAUGCUGGUAUCAUUCCCAACAUCUGCCAAGACAUGUUCAGGCGGAUCGAGCACCUACAGAAGGACAAGACGAGCCGAUGUACUGUCGAGGUAUCCUAUCUCGAAAUUUACAACGAAAGGGUGCGCGACUUGUUGAACCCGUCGACAAAGGGGAACCUCAAAGUCAGAGAGCAUCCCUCGACCGGCCCGUACGUGGAAGACUUGGCCAAGUUGGUGGUCAGCAGCUUCCAGGAGAUCGAGCACCUCAUGGACGAAGGCAACAAGGCGAGAACGGUCGCCGCGACAAACAUGAACGAGACGUCCAGUAGGAGUCACGCCGUAUUUACGCUCAUGCUUACGCAGAAGAAGUACGACGCCGAGACGAAGAUGGAGAUGGAGAAGCAGGCCAAGAUCAGCCUGGUCGAUCUGGCUGGUUCGGAGAGAGCAACAUCCACCGGUGCCACGGGCGCCCGCCUGAAGGAAGGUGCCGAGAUCAACAGAUCGCUCUCGACUCUCGGCCGCGUCAUAGCAGCUCUGGCCGAUCUCUCCACGGGGAAGAAGAAGAAGGGCCCCGGCGGCACGGUUCCGUACCGAGACAGCGUUCUCACGUGGCUGCUGAAGGACUCGCUGGGCGGGAACAGUAUGACUGCCAUGAUUGCAGCGAUUAGUCCGGCCGAUAUCAACUACGACGAGACGCUGAGUACGCUGCGAUACGCCGACUCGGCCAAGCGAAUCAAGAACCACGCCGUGGUCAAUGAAGAUGCAAAUGCUCGCAUGAUUAGAGAGUUGAAAGAGGAGCUGGCGCUACUCCGGAGCAAGCUAGGCGGUGGUGCUCCUGCCGGCUCGGGGGGUCCCGCUGUGCCGCCGGAGGAGAUAUACGCUGAAGGGACCCCCCUGGAGAAACAGAUCGUUAGCAUCACACAGGCCGACGGCACCGUGAAGAAGGUUUCGAAGGCCGAAAUCGCCGAGCAACUGAGCCAAAGCGAGAAGCUUCUGACCGAUCUCAACCAGACGUGGGAAGAGAAGCUCCAGAAGACGGAGGAGAUCCACAAGGAACGUGAGGCCGCGCUCGAAGAGCUUGGUAUUAGCAUCGAGAAGGGGUUCGUGGGGCUGCACACCCCGAAGAAGAUGCCCCAUCUCGUCAACUUGUCUGACGACCCCCUUCUUGCGGAAUGUUUGGUCUAUAAUCUCAAACCUGGCAAGACGACGGUAGGAAAUGUGGACUCGAACUCGGAACAUCAAGCGAAUAUCCGCCUUAAUGGUACCCGGAUUCUCCAUGAUCACUGCUCGUUCGACAACGCGCCGGAUGGUACGGUUACCAUUACUCCUAACGAAGGCGCGUCUAUUAUGGUCAACGGGAAGCGCGUCACGGGAACGACGAGAUUACACUCCGGCUAUCGGGUCAUCUUGGGCGACUUCCAUAUAUUCCGAUUCAACCACCCCAUGGAGGCUCGUGCGGAGAGAGACGAGACUAGGCAAAGUCUGCUUCGUCAAUCUGUGACGGCGAGCCAGCUGCAGACGCUGGACCGUAUGUCGCCUUCGCCGCGACUGAACCAUGAGCGAUCUAUAAGCAAAGCCGGUUCCGAGUUUGGUGAGAGCCGACCGGAGUCUCCGGUACCGUAUCGGAACGAGCGAGACACGGACUGGUCGUUUGCGCGACGGGAAGCCGCAGGCGCUAUACUCGGAACGGACAAGAACCUUCAGAGUCUGACUGACGAGGAGCUCAACGCCUUGUUCGAGGAUGUCCAACGUGCGAGAGCCGAGCGCGUUAACGAUCGCGAAGGCGACGAGGAUUUGGAGUCCAACACGUCCUAUCCGAUCAGGGAGAAGUACAUGUCGACCGGCACGAUUGACAACCUCUCGCUCGAUACGGCGCUUACGAUGCCGUCUACUCCGAAAGCUGGGGACGUCGACGACCGGCUGAAGGAGAUACGAGAAAAUAUGCAGUCCGAAUUCGAGAGGCAGAAGGAGGAAUACCAAGGCCAGCUCAAGAGUGCGGAAGCGGCUAACGUCGAAGUCGAGGAGAUUAAGAGGGAAAAGGCGAGGAUGGAGGAAACGCUGGCGAAGCUCAAGGCUGACAUGCAGAAGCGGUUGGAAGUCCAAAAACAAGAGUUCGAAGCCAAGAUAGAAAAGAUGGAUCCGCUUAAGAGACCCAAGGCAAAGCCGAAGCUAUCGGAAGAGGAGAUCAAGACCGCUAAAGAGAUCGUUGAACAUUGGAAAGGCCGACACUACGUCCAGAUGGCCGAAGCCGUCUUACAGCACACGGCUACCCUCAAAGAGGCACAGAUCAUGAGCGAGGAGCUCGGGGAAAACGUGGUUUUCCAAUACACCGUCGUGGACAUCGGGCACGCGCGCUGCUCUUCUUACGACAUGGUACUCAACGACGUGCCCGGCGAAGGGGAGGAUCUACCGCUUGAGGAAGCACCAAAACCGUGUGUGGGUGUUCGUGUCAUCGACUACAAGAACUCGGUCGUCCAUCUCUGGAGUUUAGACAAGCUUCAUGAUCGCGUGCGGCAAAUGCGCCAGAUGCACCAAUACCUUGACCAGCCGCAGUACUCGCAGCAUUUCAAACUAGACAACCCUUUCGUUGAGAACUGCAUGCCCGAGUACUCUCUCGUUGGCGAGGCCGACGUCCCCCUCCAAGCUGUCUUUGAAAGCCGGGUUCAAGACUUUGCCUUGGAUGUCCUAUCGCCCCAUACCUACCAUGCUAUAGGGAUCAUCAAGCUUUCCCUGGAGCCUUCCAGCGCUCGGGCUCCAUCCAGCACUCUCAAGUACAACGUUGUUAUGCAUGAUAUGGUCGGGUUUGCCGAGCGAGAGGGCACCGAUGUCCACGCCCAACUUUUCAUCCCGGGUGUAUCAGAGAGCGUCACGACGACCCAGAUGAUCAAAGAUUUCGACGAAGGGCCGAUACGAUUCGAUAGCGUGCAUAGUAUGAGUGUUCCGUUGUUCGGACCCCGAGGCGUUAACCUGAGGAUUGCAAUAUUCGCCAAGGUUUCCACGAUGCAUCUAGACAAGCUGCUAAGCUGGGAUGAGAUGCGCGAUUCGACCCCGGGCGACGAGAACAAGGCUAGGGGUGCUCGAAUCAACGAGGCUCAAUUCUAUACCGAGGAGAAGCACGACUUGCUAGCCCGCCUACAGAUACUCGAGCUUAAUGAGAGCGGAAAGUAUGUCCCUGUCGAAGUGACACAGACAAGCGAGCUCGAUACCGGCACCUUUCAACUGCACCAGGGCCUACAGAGGCGCGUGGAGAUCAACCUCACACACAGCUCGGGGGACAUGCUGCCUUGGGAAGAUAUAAGCUCCAUCCGGAUCGGCAGGAUCGAGCUAGUCGACCACGCCGGUAAGAAUCCUGAUAUGGGGUCUCCGGCCCCCGAUAUCUCCUUGAGGUUGAGUGCAAAGCCUUCUCUUCGUCGAAAUGCCAACGGCACGCGAAGCAUGAAGAUCACUGGGCAGUGGGAUUCCAGCUUACACGACUCGCUCCUGCUGGACCGGACGACGGCAGACAAGUACAAAGUCCAAAUGACGCUGUCCUGGGAUAUCACCGCCGAUAACCUCGCCGAACCGAUGAAGUUCUCGACCAAUAUCUACUGUCAGAUCCUAGGGAGGUCGUUCGUUCGCCAGACAUCGAUGCUGUCGUCUUUAUUCCAGCACGUCAGGAUCGUCCAUUCCUCGACCGCCAUUUUCACUCUCAAAAUGCGGCCCGCACCGAUCAAACGAGUCGGCGACCUGUGGAGAAUGAACAGCCAACACGACUACGUCAAGGGCGAAGAGAACUUGAGAAACUGGGCCCCGAGGGGAGUGUCGCUGGUCGGCGACUACAUCGUGGCGCGGAAGAAGAAGAGACGCACCGCCGAGAUCGCAGCCGCUCAGCUAUUUCUUAAGAAAAUCGGCUUGCCUGAGCCUAAGAGCAAACCCACCGAUGAUGAGGAUCCUUCCGACGACGACGUCUUCGCUAGUCCCAAAGCUCACGAUGACGAUCAAGAUUCGAUCAACGCGCUUCUCAUUGACACGCCCGAGACAUCGCGACCAUCGACCCCUAAGCUGCUAGAGCCUGACGAAGACGGCGAGGCUGAACAGCUGCUCGAACAGCCCGAACAACCUACCGAGCAACCUCGAGGGCCAGAGUAUAGCGAACAUGAAACCCUCGUGCUGAAGAAGUCUCUAAAGCUUUGGUUGCGAUAUCCGGACCCUCUUACCCGGAUCCUCGGCCCAGCAAACACCGCGCCUCCCGAGAAUGGCAUCGCACCCGAAUCAACCACGCCGCCUAGAUUACUCUCUACUGUCAUCAGAGUGCCAAAGAAUCCGAAUGUGCUCAAAGGGGGUUAUCUGUUGGUGCCCAGCAACGAUUCCAGCAAAUGGGUGAAGAGGUUUGUAGAACUCCGACGACCGUAUCUGCAUAUCCACAACGUCAACGAUGGAGACGAGGUGGCCAUUGUCAGCCUUCGCAACUCCCGAGUAGACAGUCAGCCGGAGAUCCUGGCGCUAUUAAAUGGCCACGAAGACGAACAGAAUAUAUCAUCGCCGCCGCUGGCGAUCGGUGACGGCACCGGAGACGGUGCCGGAGACUUCCGGCCAAGUCAUCGCCGAACGACGUCGGGUCGGACCAUCUCGUCCAUCUGGUCCGGAUCUCCGCGGCCCUCGGGCCCUAGCCUCGGUGGUCUGAGCGAGCGCCUCCAGGCGGGCGUAUUUGCUGUUUAUGGGACAGACAAUACGUGGCUGUUUGCCGCGCGUAACGAGCGCGAGAAGCGCGACUGGAUCUUCCGCAUCGACCAGAGCUACUUCUCCGGCAACGGGAGCGCGACCGGCAGCGGCGCCGCGAGCCCGCUGCCCAGGCAUUACUUGCUGGAUGCCGACUGAGGGGACCACUACCUAACCUAACCUACCUUAUUACCACAAAUUCAAAAGCAACCGACCGCCGGCCGCCCUACUCCGGCCGGCUUUUCCUUGGGCGCUACGAGAUCACGAUAGUCUUCGUUUUUAUCAUCAUAAUCAUGGAAGCAUGCAGGGGUUGGGAUAGUCCACACAAAGACAAGACAAGAUGGCGUUGCUUUUUUUUUCUUCUCCCCCCUUUUGUCGUCGCUCUUUUUUUUUCUCUUUCUCGAAUGCUUACAAGAAUACCCCCCAAUCGCACUAUCACUUACCUCGCCAGAAUUUUCCCUUCCCUUCCCGCCUCUCCCUCUCUCUCCCUCUCUCUUUCUCUGUAUGUAAAAUCUAGAUAUUAUACCCCCGAACCGAAGCUCUCCGCACGUCGCAGAACGGGGGGGGCUCUUCCCUUCCUUCGCUCUUUUCUAGGAGACAAAUACGGAGAUACACGUGUUCGCGAAGGGGGCCUGUCUGGGGGGGAAGCUGAAGACGGAAAAAGGAGCAGGGCGCGGGCGGGAGGGGGAAGAAGGGGAACAACAGAACGGGAACUUGACCCUUUUUUUCUCUCUCUCUCUCUCUUCCCUUUCUUCUUCCCUUAACUCGUCUAG